UGCCGAUUUCCUAUUUCCCUUUCGUUCGACCCCCCGGCUCUGUUGCUCGUUGUGGUUGGAUCGGAUUCCCCCGGCGGGCGACGAUGGCGGAACCGGAGGGACGACCGAUGGUUGCGGCGGCAGCGGGGAGGCCGGGGCGGCAGGCGCCGCAACAGCAGCAGGCGGGUCUCGGGCAGUCGUUGACGGGGAUCGUGCGGAUGGCUGUGUUAUGGUACUUCGCCAUGAAGUUCUUCGGUCCCAAGAAGCCCGCAGAGACCUCCCAGCUCAUGUCUAAUCUAUUCCACAAGGGCGAGCCCUUGGAUAUGUGGCUUUAUCUUUCUGAGAAGGAGAAGUUUAAGGAAUUCGGUGAUGAGGAUGCCCUUGUUUGGCAUGAGACAAAUAUUCCUUAUGCAGUUUGGGAACAGAGUAGUACUAGAUCCUUAUCCUUGAAGUAUUAUCCAUCAGAGGCUGUAAAACACAAUGGAAGCCUGUAUGCUCAUGUUUUCUUUGCUCGCUCGGGUUACCCUCCUGAUCCUAAUGAUCCUGAAUAUGAACCAUUAUCUGCCUUUAGUAGGACCCAUUCCGUUGUUGCCUUCUUGCCCAAGUCAAAAUCUGGCAAAAAGAAGAGCUUGCUAGGCAGUUCCAAGGAUUCUGAAGGGGAAGAAUCAGUUGCUGAGUUGAAGGAUGAUACUCAAGUUGAAGCCAAAGAUGUGGGUCCUGCAGAAUGGAUUUCAUACUGGAAACCAAAUAUCACUAUUAACCUUGUUGAUGAUUUCACAAGAUACCCUCAUAACAAUGUUCCUCCAAAUAUCGCUGGCUAUUUAAACAUAGAGCCAACCACAGCGAACUACUUCCCUACAAUUUUCUUUAAUGAAUUUUGGCUCUUAAGGGACAAGCUAAUAUCACUCAAUGAGACCGUGGCAGAAUUGCCUCUUAAUCUGGAGUUAGGUCCCAUUAGCUUGACUAAGUGGCAAUUGUUUUUACAGAUUGAGCAGUCUUUUCAGAUCCAUCGUAGUUAUGGAAGCAUGCUUGAAGGCGAGGCUGACGAACUUAAGAGGGUAUUCUUGGAAGGAAACCCAUAUCUACUGGGGGUGACUAUGGUUGUAUCUCUACUACAUUCUGUGUUUGAUUUUUUGGCUUUCAAGAAUGAUAUUCAAUUUUGGAAUAAAAACAAAUCUAUGGAAGGACUGUCUGCAAAAUCAGUUGUCGUGAAUUUCAUAUGUCAGCUGAUUGUUUUCCUUUACCUCCUGGAUAAUGAAACCUCUUGGAUGAUACUAGCUAGUUCUGGAAUUGGGUGCUGCAUUGAGUUUUGGAAAAUUGGGAAAGCCAUGCACAUUGUGAUUGACAGAAGCGGAAGGAUCCCCAUGCUGAAACUUCAAGACCGUGAGUCGUAUGCCAAGAAUAAAACAAAGGAGUAUGAUGAUCUUGCCAUGAAGUACCUAUCUUAUGUGCUUUUCUUCCUCGUUGCUUGCUUUUCCAUUUAUUCACUAAUGUACGAGCAACAUAAAAGCUGGUAUUCUUGGAUACUUUCUUCCCUCACUAGCUGCGUCUACAUGUUUGGGUUUAUCAUGAUGUGCCCACAGCUUUUCAUAAAUUACAAACUUCAAUCUGUAGCACAUCUUCCUUGGCGGCAAAUGACCUACAAGUUCCUUAAUACCAUCAUUGAUGAUCUUUUUGCAUUUGUAAUCAAAAUGCCAAUGCUGCAUCGUCUGUCUGUUUUCCGAGAUGAUCUUAUUUUCCUGAUAUAUCUAUACCAGAGAUGGAUAUACCCUGUUGAUAGGAAUCGCGUGAAUGAAUUCGGCUUUGGUGGUGAAGAUGAAGCACAGAGCAACCGAAAUUUGGUAUCUGGUGAUGCUUCUGCUGCACAGGAAGGUGAUGCUACGACUGUUGGCGACAAGAAGACCAAUUGAUCUCGGUACCUACCCUAGCUGUACUUCUUUUAGUUUGGGCUGACUUAGAAAACUGUCUCGGAUCCUCUUCGUGGGAUAUAACUUGGCCCAACAAUUCAAUUGGCCGUUGCUGGCUCAGCUGGAUGUAUGAUAAGGCUGCUUUGCUGACUACAUGGUAUAAGCAAGCAAAUCACUGGCGCAUUACUAACAAUAGUUUGAGGUUGGGGUUUGAUGAAACUCUUUUUUUGAGUAUCCAAAUACGUUGCUUGGGAUGUAAUAAGACAUAGGUCCGCUAGAAGAUCAUUCCUUUGAUAUUUUGGUGGGGCUUGGGCUUGUUCUGUGUGGCCGUUUGCCAUUGAGAUUUCUUUUUCAGUUAAUGAGGACAACUAUGUGCUUACAGAGAUAGUAUUGAAUUGUUUUUGUCAGGACAA